CGAUCUGGUCAUAACCGAUGUGGUUAGCCUCUCAGAAUUUUCAACUCUUCGUUUCUAGCAAUUUAAGAUGGCGAAAUUAGGAGUACGUUUUGUGCUGUGUUUGUUGGUCUUGUGAGUGUGAAGUUUAGAGGAACAUGUUGAAGUGAAAUGUGCAAAGCUUGUGACUUUAGAAUAUAUAUGUCAGCAUAUAUUGACUUAAGUUUAUUAAAAGCUGAUACGAUACAAUGUCAGCUUUUGCAGCUGAAUACAUGGAACUCAGAGGUCAAAUUGUGAACCACUCUGAAAAAUAUUUAAGAAAAACGCAUUUAAAGAUAUUGAUCGAUAAAUUUCAACCUAUCAUAAACUCGAAAAGACUUUCCAGUUAUGUAAAUAAUUUUAAUGACUUAAUAACCAUACUGGAAAAAAGAAGUUAUGUCGGGGAACACAACGUAGGUCCGUUUACGGAAAUUGUACAACUAUUGCCAAAUGCUGACAUUUUGAGUGAAAUGUUGUCGAAUUUCCAGACUAACAACAAUAGGAAUAGAAUUCAAGGAAUGCACAUGAAUAAUAAUGGAAGCACUGAACCUCCCUUUUAUUCUUCAAGUAAUUCUUCAGGCUCAAGAUCUAGAAGUGCAGAUAUAUUUUUCAGUAACAACAGUGUGCUACAAAAAGCAGCCUUGGAUCAUAUUUGUAAAGAUAUAGGAACACAGUGGAGAGAGCUAGCAAGAAAUCUAUCAAUACGUGAAGGAGAAAUUGAUGACAUUGAAGUUCAGUAUCCCAGGAACUUGAAGGAACGUGCUUAUGAGUGCAUGAAGAGAUUUAUACAAGAAACAGAACCAUACAAAGUGCAGCAGAAAUUGCUAUAUGCUCUUGACAAAUGUGGAAGACGAGACUUGAAAGAAGAUGUAGAAGAAAUCCUAAACAGGAGAGCAUAUUGAAGAUGUGAUGUUUCUCUAUAUCAAGAGCCUUCAAGCACAUUUUUCUAACAUGCAUUUAAUGUAGAUACUUGUGACAGGACUCUAGAAUUACAAUUUAAGUCUAUAGAUGGUAACCAAACCCACUUGUCCAUAGGCUUGCAGUGUGCAUGGAACAGUUAAUUUACAUUAAAUAUUUAAGAAUUCAACAUUAAAUGUCAAGAUCAUGGAGUAGAUAUAGUACAUUUAAUUUGCUUUCUUAUCUACACUUUGCACAUGAUGAGAAAUCAUUGCUUUAUUAUGGAUUUAAUAUAAAUUAGACAAAGGCUUUAUACUUGACACAAGUCUCGUUUUAGCUCACCAAUGGCAAGUGAUGCCAUUUUACUGGAAAUAUACAGGCAGGAGUAUAUUUACAAAUGUGUAACACCCAUGGACUCUAUUUACACUUUUCUUCUCCUAACCUAAUUUUACAUGGGUUAAUGGAUGAAAAGUCUCCAAUACCUCAUCUGUCUUCUCACAAUCCUUACUUUUCAAUUUGUUAGUAGCCCUUUCCUCUGUUCUUGAUUUCUAGUACUUCAUUAAACCACCUUGUUCAGUUAGCCCAUGUUUCUUUUUCCUUUUAAUUUUAUAUCCAACACCUUUGGUAUCCUUGUUCAGUCCAUUCUAUUUAGGCAGUGCCAUAGUUCAGCCAGUUAGUCCCUGGCAUCUUGCUGUGAUCACUGCCCCUGACCAAGCAGCAUGUUCUACCCUUACUCCAAAGUUAGUGGUUUUAUCUCUGACUCAGCACUUGAAU